CAUCAGUCAUCACCAUCAGCUUCCUUUAAAGUCCAAAGUGGCGGCUUUGCUAUGUGAUCAAUAAACUUCCAAGAUCACAAAGAAAAGGUUCAAUGGAACAUGGAUGACUUUGUAAGGUCUCCCCGAACUUGUUUCUCAGGGAACAAGAUUAAACAGCCACCACCAACACGGCUUUAUCUCAAACUCAUUCUGUGUUUUACAAACGUAAGCAAAUGAAGUUGAGAACCAUACUGUAUCACAGCAGAGAACAACUACCGCCAUUGUUAUUUAUGACAUUGACAUGAAUGAAACUAUCAUUACUUUCGACCCAGUUUAGUCGAAUUAGCAGUCUCAGCCAAAGCCAUGAAACCCGUACAGAAUUAUUGGAGUUUUUCAGGUCGUCUUCUUCUUCUGUCGUUUACAUGCUUCUAUUCAAGCUUUUGCUUCGGCAGAGAUACUAUCACAUCAACAAAUUUCAUCAAAGACCCUGCAACUAUAAUAUCCAAUUCCAGUUCCUUCGAGUUGGGGUUCUUCACACCUGUUAAUUCUACGAGCCGAUAUGUCGGAAUUUGGUUUAAGCAACAAAUUUCUGUACAAAUGGUUGUAUGGGUAGCCAACAGAGAUAACCCUCUCCACGAUGCUGCCGGGAUUUUCACAAUUUCGAAGGAUGGUAAUCUUGUUGUCUUAGAUGGAAACAACGCCGUCGUUUGGUCUUCCAAUAUUUCUUCUUCUUCUUCUUCUGGAACCAACACAAGCGCCCGAAUUUCAGAUACCGGUAACCUUGUUUUGGAAGAUACGGCUUCCGGGUUGGUUUUAUGGGAGAGUUUCAAACACCCUACUCAUGCAUACUUGCCUUCCAUGGAAUUUAUCACAAACACAAAAACCGACGAGGAAAUUGGGCUUACUUCAUGGAACACCCCUUCUGAUCCAUCCAUGGGAAACUUUUCGUUGACACUGUUUAUUCACAAUAUUCCUGAAAAUGUCAUUUGGAACGGGCGUACCCCGUAUUGGAGGUCUGGUCCGUGGAAUGGGCAGACUUUUAUAGGGAUGCCCGAAAUGAAAUCUGUUUAUCUCUCUGGAAAUAGUCUCUUAAUCGAAGACCAAACUUACCAUCUCACCAAUGGUCAAAAAUCCAUGUACAUAUUUUUAAGCUCACAAGGGAAUGUGGAGCGAAGGGCGUGGGAUUCUACGGAGGAGCGCUGGAAAGUUAUUUGGUCAGCUCCACGAACGCAGUGUGAUUUUUAUGGUGCUUGUGGGGCAUUUGGGUUCUGUAAUGCAAAAGCAUCCCCUGUUUGUAGAUGUUUAAGAGGGUUUAAGCCAAAGCAGGAAGAGGAAUGGAAUCAAGGAAAUUGGAGUGGUGGAUGCGUGAGAAUUACACCAGUGAAGUGUGGGAAAUUCAACACAGCCAACGCUGAGGAAGAUGGGUUUUCAAAAGUGGAAAUGGUUAAAGUGCCAUUUCUUGCAGAGUGGUCCAAUUCCUCUGCUACAGCAGAUGACUGCAAACAUGAGUGCUUGAAGAAUUGUUCGUGUAGUGCUUAUGCAUAUGAAAAUGGCAUUCAUUGCAUGCUAUGGAAAAGCGAUUUAAUUGAUAUACAGAAGUUUGAGAGUGGUGGAGCUGAUGUUUACCUUCGUUUGGCAUAUGCAGACUUAGACCACACCAUUCCAUCCACAGAGGAUGUAAAACACAAGAAAGGAAUCAUAAUAGCCCUGGUGGUAGCAGGAAUGUUUAUCAUCUCCAUCAUUGUCAUAUACUUCAGCUGGAGAUGGAAGACUCACAAACAUGCAAAGAAAACCAGAGGCAAGAAGAUGUCAUUGUUCAACGAAUUGAGGGGAAAUUUCUUGAACUCGACGAUGGGUCAUAGAAUUGGAGACAACUUGAACCAAGAGUUACCAACUUAUGACCUUGAGAAGCUGGAAAUUGCAACAAACCAUUUUCAUAUGGGAAACAAGCUUGGAGAGGGUGGGUUUGGCCCUGUGUAUAAGGGGAGAUUGGUGGAUGGACAAGAAAUAGCUGUAAAAAGACUUUCAACAGCCUCUGCCCAAGGGCUUGAAGAAUUCAUAAACGAAGUAACAGUAAUUUCGAAACUCCAACAUCGGAAUCUUGUUCGGCUUUUUGGUUGCUGUGUUGAAGCUGAAGAAAAGAUGUUGAUAUAUGAGUACAUGCCAAACUUAAGUUUGGACGCAUUUAUCUUUGAUUCCUCCAAACAAAAACUCUUAGAUUGGGGAAAAAGGCUCAACAUCAUUAGGGGGAUUGCACGAGGCCUCCUUUACCUUCACAAAGAUUCUAGAUUGAAGAUCAUUCAUAGAGAUCUAAAAGCGAGCAACAUUCUAUUGGAUGAAAACUUUAAUCCCAAAAUUUCAGAUUUUGGUAUGGCACGGAUUUUUGGCAACAAUGAAGAUCAAGCAAGCACUUUAAGAGUGGUUGGAACUUAUGGCUACAUGUCUCCCGAAUAUGCAAUGCAAGGCCGAUUCUCAGAGAAAUCAGACGUGUUUAGUUUCGGAGUUUUGUUGCUUGAAAUUAUUAGUGGGAGAAAAAAUACAAGCUUUUGCCACGACGAGAAUGUCAUAAGCCUAUUAGGACUGGCUUGGAAAUUAUGGAAUGAAGAGAAUCUAAUUUCUUUGAUUGAUCCAGCAAUACAUGACUCGUGUCAUCACACAGAGAUUUUGAGAUGCAUGCACAUAGGACUGUUGUGCGUUCAAGAAGCCAUAAAGGAUAGGCCAAAUAUGUUGACCAUUCUUUCGAUGCUUAAUAGUGAAAUUAUAGAUCUUUAUCCUCCUAAACAACCUGGCUUUACUAGCAUAAAAUUUGAGAGUAAUACAAAUUUAGCUCAGCAUAGUCAGGGUAAACGUUCUGUAAAUAUGGUUACAAUUACCAAGAUUGAGGGACGGUAAUAUUAAUUAAUUAGUAUGUCAUAUAAUUGCAACAAUUCUCAA